AUGGGCAACAUCAUAUCCUCCCCCAUGCACAAAGUCUCGCAUCCCGCCGACGGUGACGGAGCCAGGCCAGCAAAACGCCGCCGCCUCUCGUCUCCCGACUCCUUCGACAUGGACCGCCUCAUUGCCUCGCCCACAAUGUCCGAGUCUGGCUCAACCUUGCGUAUCGAGGUGCUCAAGAUCUUGCACAAGGACUCCAAGAAGGUCAAGUCUUACCAGGGUGCUGCCGCAAACCCCCGCGAUUUUGUCACCAGCAAGGCUCGUUGCAGAAUCAUCAUUUUUGAUACAAGUUCCGGCCCGCCCCAAGUCUUGCACUGUCAAAGCCAGCUCUGCAACCUCAUCACCUUCAAAAACCCCGUCGGCCCUCACCGCGUCGCGCGUGUCGACUUGCCGCGCGCCUUCUAUGUCCCCGACGACAGUAUUCUCAUCAACAGGCCGGAUGAUGGCCGGUUUGAUUUAUCCGAUUCCUACCAGCUUCUCGUCGAGCUCGAGGCUGCCAACGCUGCUUCCUGGCCUCCCCUCGACUCACAUGACUUUGGUAUCCCCACAACUUCGCCUUACUCGCCCUGGACCUCGAGCCAGCCUUGGAUCCUGUCCACCCGCUUUGACAGCGUCGUCGGCAGGCUGAAGCACCCACUCAGCCUGUCGACCCGAGAUCCCUUGGGCCAGGCCGCUUUUCAGACGGAUUAUAUCAUGGAUGUCGACCUCCGGUGGACGGCCGGUUUCAAAACUGCCAGGCGCCUAGACAAAGAUUCCAAGUCUUGCAUCACUGCCAUUGAUCCCGAUGUUGAUCCCUACUGUGAUGCAAAUUUCGAACACGUCCAAGUUCAUGAUGUUAACGGGACUAAUGGGCACCUCAACGGGGAAUCAUCGCAUGAUCAAGACGAUGAGUUUCUACACGACCAAACCCCCUCUCGGUCGCUGAGGGCCAGAGAAAAAACAAAAGUCUACAACUUGAAAGUCUUGAGUGAUCAGGCCCAAGGUAGGGAGCACAAGAGUCGCGGGAGAAGCGCCAGCGCAGCAAUCACCGAGGGUCGAGUUCAGUAUCUCUUGCCAUCGGACCAGCCGGUCUGUCUCGAUUUUUAUCGCUGCGUCAGUUGUGGCGCCUACCACGAGUCCAUGAUGCAGUUGCAGCUUCAUCUUCAGACGACCCAUCCCACGUACGAGUAUGUACUCGAGACGACGAGUCAAGGACCGCAGUUUCGUGUCACUGCUCUUUGCGAAUCGUUUGCGUCUCCAGCCAAGACCUAUCAGCUCGGGCGCCAGGUAAAACCCUUUGAUCUUCCCACCUUGGCAGCCGGCGACCUGUCAUGGGUCACUUCGCGUCUCGGACCUGAAAACGACGAACCUUUUAGGUUAUCUCCGCCCAGAUCCCACGUGGACCGACUUCCGUCGGGGUCGCCUGUUUUGAAGGCCUUGAAGACCGCCGCGCCGCGUCGCAAGCCGAAACCAAAGUCCAGCAAGACUCUGGUACCGGACAUACCGCAGCUGCUCUUCCAUCCCAUCAGCAAAGCGCGGUUGGCGCCUGGCCAGGAGGUUCCGGAGACUGUGCCAGACGAUACGUGGCUGAUCCAGAAGCACCAAGAGAGCAUAGGGGACUUCUCUGAUGUGACUGCGGCCGAAAAGGAGUACAUUUGGCAGUGGGAUGCCUACAUUCUGCGCAAGAACCUCACCUCCGUGGCCUAUUUCCCUCGGGAAUGGCUUGGCUUCGUCAAGGAAAAGGCCGAGUGGCUCGUCUAUGAAGAACGGCGCAUGCUCGAAUUCGGCAAGCACACGAGUGUGCUCCUUGCCCGUGAUGUUUUGAAUGACAAGACGAUGAAGAAGGCUUUUUUUUACAUUGAAGAUGCUAGGGCAGAGAUGAACCGCAUUCGCGAAGGGCAAUCCGCCGCACCGAGGAACCCCGAGACGGCAGACGUUGCCACCAAACAGUCCCCGAAAUCGUCGCAGAUCCGCAAGAGCGCAAGCGGCUGCAUUGUGUGUCAGCUUCCUGUCCUUGGUCCGACGCUGCUGAUCUGCUCCAAUACGUCCUGUCCCAAACGCCUUUACCAUUCUACAUGUAUCAAGAAGGAGGCGAUCAUGCCAGUCACUCGAUCGAAAUGGCUCUGCAAUGCCUGCUGUGGGACCGACGGGUGGGGUAAAAAGAGCUGA